AUGUCCAUAGACGAGCCCCUCCCGGAGGCGCCGACGGAAGCACAGACAGAAGCACCGGCAGAAGAACCAGCAGAGAUACGUCCUUGUGCUUACUGCAGCGAGGAUAUUGAAGGUGAACAAGUACGACCUUGCAAAGGAUGCGGUUGUUAUUGCUGUACCGAGUGUAUCCGACAAAUCUUCCUGAUGGCUUGCAAGGAUGAAGCCCAGAUGCCGCCGCGCUGCUGCCAGCCCAUCCCGCUGGCUGUUGCACGCAGACAUCUUUCUGAUAAGGAGAUCGCCUUGUACAAGUUGAAAUUCGAGGAGUGGAGAACAGUCAACCGCUGCUACUGCCCCGUUCCCACCUGCUCCGGCUUCAUUCCCCCCAGCUACAUACAGCAACAAUGGAAGAACCUCGUGGCUUCUAGUGGCUUUUAUAGGCAGUUGGCAGCCAGUGGGGCUACAUCGUCUCUUCCCGUAAGCCCGUUGUACAUCUCAUUCCCCGUGCUCUGCCCGAAGUGCUUUGCUCAGGUAUGUUGGAAAUGCAAGAAGUUGUACCACCACGGCUCUACUUGUCAGGUGUCGGAUAUCGACCCUGAAUUGGCGCGGACUUUGCAAAACUUGGGAAUUAAACGAUGCCCCAAGUGCCGUGCUGCAGUCCGCAGGAUGUUUGGCUGUCGUCACAUGCAGUGCCGUUGUGGUGCACAGUGGUGCUGGUAUUGUUGCCGGGCUAUCGAGGUCUGCAAAGCGAAUAUUUGUGCCAAGGGGCGGGCGGCCGAGAUAGACGUUCAUGAGGACAACGCUGAGGAGAUUGCCACUCAGGUUGACGAGGGAGAGGCUGGAGAAGAGGAAGAUAAAGAGGAAGACGAGGACCUUGAGGGUGACUCUGAUGAUGGGGAUUACUGGGAUCGUUAUGGUGGCUGGAGAUCUGACCCAGAUGAGACAGACGAUGAGCAAGACGACCAGGCAGCGUACGAGGAUGAUGAUGACGAGAAUCAAGCGCCUGAAAUGUCGCUCGCUAGAGCUGUCGAACACAACCACUUUGCUGCUGAGGCCGGUAGCGAUAUCGACCUUGACGCUAGGUCCGACUGGGAGGAGAAUUCGGACUUCUUCGGGACCGAACCUGAUGGCUCAAGAUUGGAUCCUUUUGACUGCAAUCACGAUUUUGCCAUGAUAAUCGAUGAUUCUGAAGUCGAGAACUCUGAGUAUGAGUACGAAUGCGAAAACUGCUGGCGCAGGAUCUUUCCCAGAGAGACAUUGAUCCCGGGUUCCCUCUGGGAACAGAUCCAAUCCGAAGACACUUCGCCCACUGCACAGCUGAUUGCGUCAAUGAAUGUUGUUGAGCGCUCUGAUUCACAGAUGUACUUAUGCAGGAAUUGCAAGUUCAGACUUUGUGGUCCAUGUCGCGCUGGUUAUGGAAAUUAUGAGUUUUGA